AUGCAGCCAGUGCGCGUGGGCCGGUUGCACGCCACACUCUUUCUGCCCCCAGAACCAGGACCCUUUCCUGGGAUUGUGGACAUUUAUGGAGUUGGAAGUGACCUUCUGGAACAUCGAGCUAGUCUGCUGGCUGGCAAGGGUUUUGCUGUGAUGGCUCUGGCUUAUCAUAACUAUGAAGACCUCCCCAAAGGCCUGGAGAUCCUCCACCUGGAGUACUUUGAAGAAGCUGUCAACUAUCUGCUGGAUCACCCUCAGGUAAAGGGUCCAGGAGUCAGGCUGCUUGGCAGCUCCAAAGGAGGUGACCUCUGCCUCUCUAUGGUGUCGUUCCUGAAGGGCAUCACCGCCACGGUCUUAGUCAAUGGCUCCGUGGCCAAUGUCGGGGGAGCCUUACACUACAAAGAUGAGAUCUUGCCCCCUCUGGGCUUAGACCCAAAUCGAGUAAGGCUGACCAAAGAUGGCUUGGCAGACAUUGUGGAUGUCCUGAACAGCCCUUUGGAAGGAGCUGACCAGAAGAGUUUCAUUCCCGUAGACAAAGCUGAGAGUGCCUUCCUGUUCCUUGUAGGUCAGGAUGACCACAACUGGAAGAGUGAAUUCUAUGCUAAUGAGGCCUCUAAGCGCUUGCAGGCCCAUGGUAGGAAGAAGCCCGAGAUCAUCUGUUACCCUGAGACAGGACACUACAUUGAGCCUCCUUACUUCCCCCUGUGCUGGGCUUCCCUACACACCUUGGUGGGUGGCCCUGUCAUCUGGGGUGGGGAGCCCAGGGCUCAUGCCAUGGCCCAGGUGGAUGCUUGGAAGCUGCUUCCACAAACACUUGGUGGGGAAAAGUUAGGGGGACUCUCCUGA